GAAGAAAUUCACAAAGAUCAGUCUGGAGCCUGGCCAGACUCAGCGUGUGAGCUUUACGUUGAUCGCGGAGGACUGGAGCGUGUAUUACCCGCAGAUUGGCAACGGUAUGAAAAGGUUGCCGAGGACACGGACUAUGUGAUCGGAAUCAAACCGGAGACAGACUGCGACGUGUACAACGAGACUGCCACAGCCAACCCGCUGUGCGCGACGUUUACUCUGCAGACGGGUGACUACCCCUACGGGUCUUUGUUGAGUGAAAGUGUCCAGUAUAGCGGAUAGAGUAAUAGCUAACGGUGAAUGAAAAACCGGUUUAACACUUGUACUUUUCCAAAAUGACCGAUUUAACACUUUUACACUAAUGAACCAUAUUAACAU